AUGGUGAAAGAGCGAGAAGCAGAAGUCAGGCAGGCGGCGGCCGUGAAAGAAAAACAAGUAGAAGAGGUCGUGAAAGAAUGGGUAGAAGUGGGAACGAAAAUUGCGAAAGAAGAAGAAGAAGGAGGAUUUGGAAAAAAAGAGACGGAAAAGGGCGAAAGUCUACGCGAUGUCGUCUGCAUCGAAGAGACCGGCGACGACUGGAUUCGAACCCCGGACCGACAGACACCCGGUCGCAAGUCGGUCCGCAUCGACGAGACGGUGAAUGUCAUCACGGAGGACUCACCAAGCGUUUUGGAGGAAAUUACAACCACUAAUUCUACCACUACAACCACUACCGAUACUGGAAGCGAUGAUACUACCACCACUACCACUAGUAGUACUACUAUUAGUGGUGUUGCUACC